AUGUCGGGGACCGAAAGCCUGCGUUACCUUACUCCCUCGUCUUCCUGCAAGGCGAAACCAGGCCCGAGCCAAGAGGAAAGUAAGAACAGGAGCCCAAGUUCGCUUCGUUCCCGGAACAGGUUUUCUUCUUGCAGAUGUUCUUCCCCUCCGUCGGACUGCCACGCCAGCAAGACGGUGAGACGGGUUUUGGCUCUCUGCUCCAUCUCCUUGUUCGCCUUGCUGGGACACACCAUUCUGGAGCUAAGCCAACUUCUGGAGUCCUGGAGGCAUGUUGAGAAGGCCGUCAGCGACCUCUCUUCGUGCCGGAGUUUCUUGGCGCACUCCGUGUUCAACCGCCUUGUUGUCCAAGAAGCGCAUUGGCAAGGAGGAGGAAGAGGAGGAGGAGGAGACAUGGCGACGGAGAACAUCUCUUGGCCGGAAGACACGCUGGAAGGCUUAGUGGCUCUCUGCGAAGAACCUUGGUGCAAGGACAACGACCCUUUCAGCUGUCCAACUUACGUCGCCUCGAUCAGGGAGAAGAUAAAUAGUACCGAGGACACUGGGAUGGCUUUCCUGCAGCUCAAAAGGGUUGAGGGAAUCUUGGAGAUCCUUCAGACCCUUGAGGAAGGAGAUGUCCAAAAGAUAAGGUCAAAUCCAGCCUGGUUAGAUGUGUUUUUUCUCAGACUUCUCCUGACAACCAAAGAGCUCGUGUUGCGAGCUCCAGAAAUGUCCCGCUACCCUGAAGAAGUGCAAGCUUUUUGGCACCGGCUGUCUACUCUCCUUACGUCUUCUGUUUUUAUCUCGGAAAGCACCCAAGAAUGUUGGGCCGAACAUCCUAACUUCUCCAUCCUGGCCACCCAUCAUGAAGGACUCCGGACAGUCGCUCCUUCUUGGGGAUUUCGGUCACGGUCCCCUCCUUGGAUGGAUGAAGUUGACGUCCUCCAGAGGUGUUUGUUUCAGAAAAGCCGGGAGCAGCUUCAGAAGAGGUCUAAGGAUAUCGUCUCCCUGGUUAGCCUCAAAAUUAGCCUCUUGGUAGUCGCCGGCCUUAUCUACCCGGCUGUCUUUUUUUCCUUCAAAGAGAUGACUGAAUGGAUCCAGAAUUAUGCCCGGACCCUCAAGGAACGAACGGAGGAUCUGAAAAAGGAAAGGCACCUGGCUGAAGAGCUUCUUCAUCAGAUGUUGCCCAAGUCCGUGGCCAAGCAGCUACGGAAACACAAGCAUGUAGAGGCAGAAAAUUAUGAGCAGGUGACCAUCUUCUUUUCGGACAUUGUGGGUUUCACCGCCAUCGCCGCUUCGUGCACCCCGCUGCAGGUGGUGGAAAUGCUCAACAACCUCUACGUGUGUUUCGACACCAGGAUCGACUCCUACGACGUCUACAAGGUGGAAACCAUCGGGGACGCCUACAUGGUGGUGAGCGGCCUGCCCGAGAGGAACGGCACCAGGCAUGCCCACGAGAUUGCCAAGAUGGCCCUGGAUCUAGUAGCUGCGGUCCGACAGGUUGCGAUUCCCCACCUGCCAACUAGCAAGCUGCAGUUACGGGCCGGGAUUCACACCGGGCCCUGCGUGGCUGGCAUUGUCGGGCACAAAAUGCCCCGGUACUGUCUCUUUGGCGAUACGGUGAACACGGCCUCUCGCAUGGAGUCAAGCAGUCUACCCCAGAAAAUUCACAUCAGCUCAGCCACUUACCAGGCUCUCCUUGAAGAUGAUGCCUACGAAAUUGAGCCCAGAGGAGAAAUUGAGGUGAAGGGCAAAGGGAAAAUGAAAACUUACUGGUUGCUGGGAAAUAAGAACUACAGCGUCCAAAACGACAGCCUCGUUUGCCACUGGAACCCGGGGAUGUCUCAGCGAAAGAAGACAGGACAAAGCUCAGCUUCCAGGCGGGAGCUCAGCGCUGGUACCGAGAGGAGUCCAGGCAGCCAGAAACUCACCGUCGCUUCUCCAACACUACAUCCUCCUGCUAUCCACGCUCACCCGCUGGACGGCUCCCCCGCUAGAUGGGAACAAGACUCCCCGGGGUCCCUAGAGAGGCUCAAGACCUUCCCCCUUCACCCAGCCAAUCCCUCUCAUUUCCAUUCAGGUUGUGAGAAACCUUUACUGCCGGGGUGGGUGAAGGAAGAUGAAGUGGGGGCGCCCAGGGAAUUUUCUCAUGACACCAAGGGUGAAAUGCUCCCGGUUUUGACCAGAUCGACCAAUCCGAUUGUGGGCAAAGGCUCUGCGUUAGACGAUUGCACCCGGUGCCUGAAAUCAGCCACAACCCAGGAAUCUGCAGAAGUCUCCAAGCCCUACAAGGGCCAAACAUGGGAAGAACUGAAAUAUCUCGUCCCAUCCUUGUGUCAGGUGAUGCUGCCACAGGGACAGGUCCCGUGGUGGGGCUUCUGCGGGGAAGGCCUGGAUGAUGAGUCCGUCCGUCCGUCCAGUCUGCGUGUGAGCCCAGGCACGUCCGCUUGA